GGGGUGCCUCACAUUGAGAGAAGAGCUCAGACCUGAGGAGAGUGACUGACUGCUGUACCUCCCAGGUGGGACCACAUGGACUCCACUGGGCCUGCAGGGGUGCGGCAGGGGGAAGGAGCCCUGGGCUGCUCCCAGGAGGGCUUGCGCCAGCCCUCAGACAGCUCGGAACUGGUGCAGGAGUGCCUGCAGCAGUUCAAGGUGACAGGGGCGCAGCUGCAGCAGAUCCAAGCCAGCCUCCUGGCUUCCAUGGAGCAAGCACUGAGGGGACAGGCUAGCCCUGCCCCUGCUGUCCGGAUGCUGCCCACAUAUGUGGGGUCCAUCCCGCAUGGCACUGAGCAAGGAGACUUCCUGGUGCUGGAGCUGGGGGCCAAAGGGGCCUCACUGCGUGUUUUAUGGGUGACUCUAAUGGGCAUCGAGGGGCCUAGGGUGGAGUCCAGGAGCCAGGAGUUUGUGAUCCCCCAAGAGGUGAUGCUGGGCGCUGGCCAGCAGCUCUUUGACUUUGCUGCCCACUGCCUGUCUGAGUUCCUGGACGCGCACCCUGUGAGCAGGCAGGGUCUGCAGCUUGGGUUCAGCUUCUCCUUCCCUUGCCACCAGACGGGCCUGGACAGGAGCACCCUCAUUUCCUGGACCAAAGGUUUUAAGUGCAGUGGUGUGGAAGGCCAGGACGUGGUCCAGUUGCUCAGAGACGCCAUUCAGAGGCAGGGGGCCCACAGCAUUGACGUGGUUGCCGUGGUGAACGACACGGUGGGCACCAUGAUGGGCUGCGAGCCAGGGCUCAGGCCGUGUGAGGUUGGGCUUGUGGUAGACACUGGCACCAACGCGUGUUACAUGGAGGAGGCGCGGCACGUGGCAGCGCUGGACAACGACCGUGGCCGCAUGUGCGUCAGCGUCGAGUGGGGCUCCUUUGGCGACGAUGGGGCCCUGGGGCCGGUGCUGACCACCUUCGACCACGCCCUGGACCAUGAGUCCCUGAAUCCCGGUGCUCAGAGGUUUGAGAAAAUGAUCGGGGGCCUUUACCUGGGCGAGCUGGUGCGGCUGGUGCUGGUGCACUUGGCCCGGCGUGGGGUCCUCUUUGGCGGCUGCACCUCCCCUGCCCUGCUGAGCCAAGGCAGCGUCCUCCUAGAGCAUGUGGCUGAGAUGGAGGACCCCUCUGCUGGAGUAGCCCGUGUCCACGCUGUCCUGCAGGACCUGGGCCUGAGCCCAGACACCUCGGACGCUGAGCUUGUGCAGCACGUGUGUGCGGCCGUGUGCACACGGGCUGCCCAGCUCUGUGCUGCUGCCCUGGCCUCUGUCCUCUGCCGCCUGCAGCGCAGCCGGGAGCAUCAAGCACUUCAGGUUGCUGUGGCCACCGGAGGCCGAGUGUUUGAGCAGCAUCCCAGGUUCUGCAGCACUCUGCGCGAGACGGUGAUGCUCCUGGCCCCAGAAUGUGAUGUCUCCUUCAUCCCGUCUGUGGACGGGGGUGGCCGGGGUGUGGCAAUGGUGACUGCAGUGGCUGCCCGCCUGGCCAGCCACAGGCACCUGCUGGAGGAGACCCUGGCACCGUUCCGGCUGAACCACGAGCAGCUGGCAGCGGUGCAGGCACAGAUGCGGGCGGCCAUGGCCAAGGGGCUCCGUGGGGAGGCCUCCUCUCUCCGCAUGCUGCCCACUUACGUCCGGGCCACGCCCAAUGGCAGUGAGCGAGGGGACUUCCUGGCCCUGGACCUUGGGGGCACCAACUUCCGGGUCCUCCUGGUGCGUGUGGCCGCAGGAGGUGUGCAGAUCACCAGCCAGGUGUACUCCAUCCCCGAGUGUGUGGCCCAGGGCUCUGGGCAGCAGCUCUUUGACCACAUCGUCGGCUGCAUUGUGGACUUCCAGCAGAAGCAGGGCCUGAGCGGGCAGAGCUUCCCCCUGGGUUUCACCUUCUCCUUCCCAUGCAGGCAGCUUGGCCUGGACCAGGGCAUCCUCCUGAACUGGACCAAGGGUUUCAAUGCAUCAGACUGCGAGGGCCAAGAUGUUGUGUGUCUGCUGCGGGCAGCCAUCAGGCGAAGACAGGCAGUGGAGCUGAAUGUGGUUGCCAUUGUCAAUGACACGGUGGGAACCAUGAUGUCCUGCGGCUAUGACGACCCCCGUUGUGAGAUAGGCCUCAUUGUCGGAACCGGCACCAACGCCUGCUACAUGGAGGAGCUCCGGAAUGUGGCAGGUGUGGCCGGAGACUCGGGCCACAUGUGCAUCAACAUGGAGUGGGGUGCCUUUGGGGAUGACGGCUCACUGGACAUGCUCAGCACCUGCUUCGACGCAAGGGUGGACCGGGCGUCCAUCAAUCCCGGCAAGCAGAGGUUUGAGAAGAUGAUCAGCGGCAUGUACCUGGGGGAGAUUGUCCGUCACAUCCUCUUACAUCUAACCAGCCUCGGCGUUCUCUUCCGGGGCCAGCAGAUCCAGUCCCUUCAGACCAGGGACAUCUUUAAGACCAAAUUCCUCUCUGAGAUUGAAAGUGACAGCCUGGCCCUGCGGCAGGUCCGAGCUAUCCUGGAGGAUCUAGGCCUGCCCCUGACCUCGGAUGAUGCCCUGGUGGUCCUAGAGGUGUGCCAGGCUGUGUCCCAGCGGGCCGCCCAGCUCUGUGGCGCAGGCGUGGCUGCUGUGGCAGAGAAGAUGCGGGAGAACCGGGGCCUGGAAGAGCUGAGGGUGUCCGUGGGGGUGGACGGGACCCUCUAUAAGCUGCAUCCCCACUUCUCCAGCCUGGUGGCCGCCACAGUACGGAAGCUGGCCCCUCGCUGUGUGGUCACCUUCCUGCAGUCAGAGGAUGGGUCCGGCAAAGGUGCAGCCCUGGUCACGGCCGUUGCCUGCCGCCUUGCCCAGAAGACCCGCGUCUGAGGAAGUCUCCACGGAGACUCCAGGCCUCGGAGUUCUCAGCCCCAGCCUCGCUGGAGCAGGGCAUGGGCCCAGCCAUCCCGUCACCCAGGACUCCCAGCAUGGCCCACGCGUGAGCACUCUGUGGCCAUCUGGCCUUGCCCCCUGGCUUUCCCCGAAA